AUGAAGUACCUCGCCGCUUACUUGCUCCUCGCCCUCGCUGGCAACGAGUCCCCUGCCGCUUCCGACGUCAAGGAGGUCCUGUCCUCCGUCGGUAUCGAUGUCGACUCCGACCGCCUCGACAAGCUCGUCGCUGAGCUCCAGGGCAAGAGCCUCCAGGAGCUGAUCGCUGAGGGUUCCGCCAAGCUGGCCUCCGUUCCCUCCGGUGGUGCUGGUGCCGCUGCCGCUGCCCCCGCUGCUGGUGGUGCCGCCGCCGAGGCUGCCCCCGAGGCCGCUAAGGAGGAGGAGAAGGAGGAGUCUGACGACGACAUGGGAUUCGGUCUCUUCGACUAA